AUGGACAACUGGCCAAUACCCACUACCUCGGACCUCACAACCAACCCAUAUUACUACCUCGAACCUCACAUCCCCACAAAGAAAACGAUGCACAUCACCACCCCCCUCCUCAUCACCCUAGGCGCCCUCGCCUCCCUCACCAUGGCCGGAGAAGGCGGCGCGCCGGACCCUAACUGUGGCGCUCCUUUCUGUAAGCGCGCACAGGCUAUGGAGAGUAUCAGGGCGUCGUUGCUGGCUAAGGCUAGCGCUACUGCUACUGCUGUUCCUACUGCUUCUGUCGCUAGUGCUGGCGCGGAUGCGCAUGUGGAUGCGGAGGCGAAGUAG